GUUUAAUUCAGUGUCAGAUUAGAGAAUAGAGUUUUGGAGAAAAGUCAACGCAUACAUAUAGUUAGUAGAACUUCAGGUUUGGGCGACACAUCUCGGGUUGGCAUACAUCCCCUGUAUGCACAAAGUUUAGGAGUUGCUUUUGAAAGUGAGUUGCGACUGCGGGUGACAUCCAGUCACCACGGACGGCGCCUUAUAAACAGACCGGUUGGAUGCCAGACGCUCUUCCUUGAGAACGGUAGAGAUAUUCCGGUUGACGGGUACCACUCGUGCUCAGCAUCCCAAACUGAGUUUUCUUGGCAACUUCCAGCUAGUGAACGAUCAUUCUCACAAACAACGGGUUGAAUUGGUGAAAUAAAUAGCAGAAACUAUGCCCAGCAAAAGCGAAGAUAAUCGGCCAAGACUCUGCCUGCUGGAGAAAGGGGACAAUGGUUAUGGGUUCCAUCUCCACGGUGAGAAGGGUAAGACCGGGCAGUUCAUACGGCUUGUGGAGCCCGACAGUCCGUCUGAAACUUCUGGGAUUCGCGCGGGGGACCGACUGGUGUUCGUGAACGGGGAGAACGUGGAGAGUGAGAGCCAUCAACAGGUUGUGUCCCGGAUAAGAGCCACCGUGGGCCAGCUCGAGCUCAUUGUUGUCGACCAGGACACUGAGCAACUGUUGAAAAAACACAAGAUGAAGUGUCUCAAAGAAUAUGUCACGGAGCGCAUUCCUUUACCCAGCGACGACGAGUCAGAAAGCGAAGACGUUAAGGAGAACGGGACACCAUGCGGGACACCGAGAGAAUCCACACCCAUCCCGGAAAAUAACGGAGAGCUCCAUGGCCACGUAGAGCUCCAUAGCCAUGUUGAGAAAAAGCUGAGCAUCAACUCUGAGAAGGACGUGCAGAGUGAGCUGAGGCCGCGUCUGUGUGUGAUCAAGAAGGGGCCUCAUGGCUACGGCUUCAACCUGCACAGUGAGAAGGCCAGACCAGGUCAGUACAUCAGAGCAGUGGAUGAGGACUCACCUGCACAGAGGUCAGGCCUGCUGGCCAAGGACAUGAUAGUACAGGUGAAUGGUAUGACAGUGAAGGGGAAGCAGCACUCGGAGGUGGUGGCAGCCAUCAAGUCUGGUGGUGAGGAGACCUCUCUACUUGUUGUGGACACAGACACAGAUGCCUUCUUCAGGAGGUGCAAAGUCGCUCCCACCCCAGAACACCUCACAGGAUCUUUGCCUGAGCCUGUCGUCAACGGAGACAUGGAAAAGACGGUGAAUGGAAAUGGAAAACUGGUAAAAGAGGUGGAGCAGGACUCUAAGCUGUCAAUCAGCCCGUCUCCAAGCAACACCUCCUCCAACGCCUCACUCACAACCCCGCCCACAGAGUUGUCUGAGCCAGUGAUCAUGGGCGCCAUCCCGGGUCUGAACCUGUCCCUGCAGCAGGUCAAGGAGCGUGCUCAUCAGAAACGCUCCAACAAGAGGGCCCCGCCUAUGGAUUGGAGCAAGAAAAAUGAACUGUUCAGCAACCUGUAGAUAGAGCACCUCGCCCUGCACACACCCACAUACAGUAGAUACUCACAGAGAGGUCAGUGAAGGAGAGAGAGAGGGGUUGUUCUAAGCCCCAUGUUUUCUAUAACUCAUUAAAACCAGCAGUUUAACUAUUGGUGAGGGAGAAUACAGGUAUAUGUAUGUAAAAUAUAUACACACACAUUUGUAUUAUAUUCCAGAUGCUAUAAAUGAUGUGCUAACAAUAUCUAGAUGAAUAUGCCAAUGUUGGAAAGGAAACAGCUACAUCAGAUAAGAAUCUUUGUAUUGUGAUUUGAAAAUAAUUUUGAAUUAUUCAAUUUCACGUGUCGAGGUGGUUGUGUGUGUGUUUUGUACCUGGGUGUAUAUGCCCAGAAGACCCUGGAAGUCCCUGCUGGUCAUAGCCUGGUGCCUGUCGGUAUAGUGGAGAAGGUCUCUCUUAUGGCCAUUCGUCUACAUGUUAAUCAGUCAUUGAAACACAAACAAUAUUUUUCACGCCUUAAACGAGAAUGGGACCAGCCACUUACAUACCCAUCCAGUCUAUCACCUUUCAGGGACCAAAUAGCAAGCCUCUUCACACUUCCAGUCAGAUGCAAUUGUCUUUCAUGUAGCUGAGCUUUGGGUCAGUCGAGCUUCAGAAUAAAUUGGCUUCUGACUGGAAGUGUGCAGAGACUUGUUCAUGUUUCUCCAGUUUUUGCCUUCAGCACCUUCAUUAAUCAGCUCUGGGUGUGUGGUAGAUUCUAUUAUCUGCAAACCUUUUAGGGACCAAAACACCUGAAGAACGACAACCACUGACAGUCAGUCAGUCAUUGGGGAACGACACGUUGGUGCAGUGUCCAUCCAUACCAGUCUUACUUCAGUAAAUGUGAAGGCUGAAAACCUUCCGUCCAUACCAGUCUUACUUCAGUAAAUGUGAAGGCUGAAAACCUUCCGUCCAUACCAUCUUACUUCAGUAAAUGUGAAGGCUGAAAACCUUCCAUCCAUACCAUCUUACUUCAGUAAAUGUGAAGGCUGAAAACCUUCCAUCCAUACCAUCUUACUUCAGUAAAUGUGAAGGCUGAAAACCUUCCAUCCAUACCAUCUUACUUCAGUAAAUGUGAAGGCUGAAAACCUUCCGUCCAUACCAGUCUUACUUCAGUAAAUGUGAAGGCUGAAAACCUUCCGUCCAUACCAUCUUACUUCAGUAAAUAUGAAGGCUGAAAACCUUCCAUCCAUACCAUCUUACUUCAGUAAAUGUGAAGGCUGAAAACCUUCCAUCCAUACCAUCUUACUUCAGUAAAUGUGAAGGCUGAAAACCUUCUGUCCAUACCAGUCUUACUUCAGUAAAUGUGAAGGCUGAAAACCUUCCGUCCAUACCAUCUUACUUCAGUAAAUGUGAAGGCUGAAAACCUUCCGUCCAUACCAGUCUUACUUCAGUAAAUGUGAAGGCUGAAAACCUUCCGUCCAUACCAUCUUACUUCAGUAAAUGUGAAGGCUGAAAACCUUCCGUCCAUACCAGUCUUACUUCAGUAAAUGUGAAGGCUGAAAACCUUCCGUCCAUACCAUCUUACUUCAGUAAAUAUGAAGGCUGAAAACCUUCCGUCCAUAGCAUUGCCAUUACCACUGUAUAUUGCGAUACCUUUCAUUUCAGAGUUUUUCUUUAUGGCCAUUGUCAAAAUGCUUUGAGGUUUUUACGUUUACGUAGAUGUACUUAAACAUAAUUUCUUUCUUUAAUAAGAAUAUAAAUGUCUGCGCUUCACUAGAUUUUGUGUAUGUUCAGUAUGGAGAAUGACAGUGAGAUUCACUAUUUUGACUAUUGAAUUGUAUGGGGGUGUUAUCAUGCUCUUUAACUGUUCAUGUUAUUUCUAUACUGUAUUAAAUUGUAGAUCUCA